UCCGAAGGAAGCACGCUUGCGCCGCGGGCUUCCGGGGGCCGAACCUGCUUCGCGAUCCCGCGUCUGCAGCAUGGGGCCCGGGCCGCGAACGCUCGAGCUGUUCUACGAUGUCCUGUCCCCCUACUCCUGGCUGGCCUUCGAGGUGCUGUGCAGAUAUAAGAAUAUCUGGAACGUCAGCCUGCAGCUGCAGCCCACGUUAAUUGCAGGAAUCAUGAGAGACAGCGGAAACCAGCCGCCAGCUAUGCUUCCCCGCAAAGCCCUGUACUUGAGAAGUGACAUUAGGCUCUUGAGCCAGCAUCUCCAGGUUCCCCUCCACUUCCCCAAGGAUUUCUUCUCUGUGAUCCUUAAGAAAGGAAGUUUGACAGCCAUGCGCUUCCUCACUGCGGUGAAGAUGGAGCACCCGGAGAUGCUGGAGAAAGUGUCCAGAGAACUGUGGAUGCGUGUCUGGUCACGGGACGAAGACAUCACGGAGCCCCCGAGCAUCCUGGCCGCUGCAGAGAAGGCUGGCAUGUCCAUGGGACAAGCCCAGGAACUUCUAGAAAGGGUCUCAACACCACAAGUGAAGAACAAGCUCAAGGAGACCACUGACACAGCCUGCAAAUAUGGGGCUUUUGGGCUACCCAUCACUGUGACCCACCUGGAUGAUGAAACCCACAUGCUCUUUGGCUCCGACCGGAUGGAGUUGCUGGCAUACCUGCUGGGAGAAAAGUGGAUGGGCCCUGUGCCUCCAGCUGUAAACGCCAGACUUUAAGGAAGCCCAGAGGAAGCAAGACGACUGGUAUAAAAAAGCGGAUCAUCUGCUUACCCCUCCUCCACCAUGGGGCCUGGGACUCUGGUUUCCUAUCUGAUAGAGGUUCUUGUCUGGCCCUGGGGUGUGCUGGGGGGCGGGAAGGUCAAUACACCAUCUGCCGUUAGUCUCACAAGUGCCUCUGAGAGCCUCUGACUCUGCGCUCCACAGAAUAAACCUAAUGCCAUUAGGCAUCAUUA